AUGGCGACGACCGUGGCUCCAGCAGCAGCGGCCCUGGCCCUGGGGCUGUGGACUUGGGCGCUGGCCCCGGCGGGCGCGGGGGACGCCAUGGGCCCUCACCUGGCCGUGCGUGUGGCGGAGCUGCUCACCCCGGAGGAGUGCGGUCACUUCCAGGCCCUCCUGAAGACGCCGCAGCCGGACCUCGACAGCGAGCUGGCCAGGCUUUCCGAGGACCAGCUGGCCACGCCGACCAAGCCCCGGCCGGCCUCGUCGGGGCCGCAGGAGGCGGCCCGGCGCGCGGCUGACGAGCCGGCCGAGGCGGCCGAGAAGUCCGACGGCUGCCGGGAGCGCCUGGCGGUCUGGCUGGCCGCCCAGGCCCGGGCCCAGGCCCUCUCUUGGGACCACGUGGCCCGGGCCCUGCGCCGCUGCGGCCGCCCCGACGUGGCCCGGGAGCUGAGCAAGAACCUCCACCAGCAGGCGACGCUGCAGCUGCGCAAGUUCGGGCGGGGCUUCCUGGCCCCGGCCCCGCCCGGCCACCCCGCGCCCGCCGCGCCCCCCGCGCCCCCCGCGCCCGCCGCGCCCCCGCGGCCCCGCGCCCGCCGCGCCCCGGCGCCCGAGCCCGACUGGGACGCGCUGGACCUGAUCGUGGAGCGGCUGCCCCGGGCCCCGUACACGCGCGACCCCUUGGGCUGGGCCGGGCCGCUGGCGCUCGGCCUCCUCUCCGGCUUCGUGGGGGCGCUGGGCGUCGGGGCGCUGGCCGUCCUGCUCGCGCAGUGGGCCGCGGGGGGCGACGGCCACGGGGCGCGGCCCCGCAGCCCCGGGCCCCCC